AUGCCGACAGCACCACGAACGAAUAACGGGCCGCCGCCUGGUCACACAACUCGAUUGUCCUUGCUCGACGUUGACGCAGAGGCACGAAGAAAGGCGUACCAGCCUCCAUCUGAUGCUGCAGCUCCUCGUUUGGAUCCAGAUCCGUGGCAUGCCGACACUGCAAGGCACGACGCCCGUCUCAGAGAGAUCAUGAUCGAUCUGCAAGAAAAGGAUGGCCGUGUUUGCGAAGAAGAUGCAGAGUUUCUAGUCCUGAUGAGCGGUGAAGGAUCGAGGAUGAGCUCGGCAAUGCACCGCCGCCUUGCCUUCCUUCUGCAUGAAAUCUGGCAAAUCUGGCCCGGUGAGGACGACGAGGUAGAUGACAGCGAUGUUGCAGCUCUGAUGGGAGUCAUUGGCGAAGCCCAGGAAAAUCUGGAGUUUGAGGAGUACGAUCUGGCACAAUUACUCCUGAACAACAUUCUUGAAUAUCUGAGGUCCAUAGGACUCUGA